AUGGCACCCAAGCAGGGACAGAAUGGUCCAGGGCAAGGCGCUGCGAGUGCUAGCGCUGGGGGUGCACAAACUGGCGAAGGAAGCCAAGCGGUUAACACUGCAAGGCUUGACAACUACGUGCCAACCUUCAACAAUGUGCAGAAGGACUACCGGGAAUUCCGGAAACGAGCUGAAAUAUACAAGAAGAAGAUGGACCUAGGAAACCGUGGUUCCGAGGUUGUCUACAACCUGGUGACCAUGCUCACUGGAAAAGCCUGGGAUCUAGUGGAGGACAUGAGCAUGGAGAAAAUGUCCGCCGCAGGUGCCUAUGAUGAAGUCUUCCGAAGACUGGAUGUCCACUACAUGGAUGAAGAUGACAUGGAUGAUGUUGCAUGGGCUGAUGACGGCCAAGAGUACUACGAUGAUGGUGCAACUGCCUCCAACCAUGAGCAAGUUUUCGAUGUGGAAGAGUUUGAUGAGAUCUACGCCAACUAUGCUGAAGCACGUGGCAAGCUGAAUGCUCUCAGGACAGCCCGAGGUUUUUAUCCUGUUGUAGCUGUUGUAGAAAAGCCCCAAAACUACGAUGGUGGUAAGAAGGGUAAAUCUCCAACCAGAAGUCAAAAAGGUAAAGGGAAGUCCAAACAGCUGCCUCACAAGCCGAAGCGAGCCUCUCCAGAUCCAAAAGGCCGCGCCAAUGCUGCUGGAUAUGGCAAAAAGUUGUGCUUGCGCUGUGGUCAACCUGGUCACAUGGCGAGAAACUGCCCGACGGCGAGUGCUGACCGCAAACGCAAAGUUGAUGAUGAUGACGCCAUCAACAUGGUCGAGACCUAUGCCACUGAAGGUGUCUACAACUUGGAUGAUGAUGACGAUGAAACUGGUGAAGAUGUCGCAGUUCAAGAUGGUGGAGCAUCCUCCGUCCUGGGAAGUGCCAGACAAAUCAGAAAGUAUCUGACCUUCCUGCUGGAGAAUGGCUUUGGCAUCCAUGAGAUACCCGUCUUUGAAUGUGAGAAAGGGUUCAAGUACGGCAACAGCAUGAAAGAAACUGCCCCACGUGGUCCAAAGGGUGAGUACAUCCUACAUCUUGGACAAGAUCUACAUGCCUGUCGCCAACGAGAACCUGACAUGGUCCUCAUGCCUGAAGAUAUCGAUGACCACAUCGGUCAACAGGUCCCAAUACAAACGUUUUUGAAGGAAAGUACCGAGGAUGUCAUGACUGCAGUGGACAUCGUGGACAUCAACGACAAGGAGAUGUCACGGCACCGCGACGAUGCGAAACAGUGCAACACACAUCCUGCGAAGGAUGGUAUUGACCAUGAGACUGAAAAGCCCUAUGGUCACGUGAUGCGAUUGCAACAGCAUGUGCUGCGCAAGAUGGAAACCAACCUGAAGCUGAAAGUUCAGGACCUUGACAAGAUUCUCUACACCAGCAAAAGCCUCAACAAGGACUCCUCCAAGCCUCAUGUGAUUUGGGAAGUUUUUGUUGGAGCUGGCCGCACAUCCCACUACCUCAAAAAGUAUGACAACGUGCUUGUGGAGGUCUUCUCUCUGUGCACUGGCUGGGACUUUGAGAAAGCUGCUGAUCGCAAACGCAACAUUCCUGGUGGUGGCGGUCCAAGAUCAAAAGCUGCUGAGAGCUAUCCUCAAGCUCUAGCUGAAGCCUUGGCCAAUGCGAUGAUGGUUCCAACUGAUGGUGACUUUGUCAUGGCCGCAGAGGACGCUGACUCUGCAGGUGCUCUGGACUUAGCACAUGGUGAUUUGGACUUAUCACCUGAGGUUCCUCAACAAGGUGCUGUGGACUUGGACUUGGCACCGGAACCCUCUGAGAAUGUCACCAAGAACAAAGCUCUGAAAGCUGAAGUUGGCAGUCAAGUGUUUUCCUAUGUGGCACGUCUUCACAAGAACUUAGGUCACCCUUCUCCUGAAGUUCUUCAACGCAUGCUGACCGAAGUUCAAGCCACAUCUGAUGUGCUCAAAGCAGCCAAAGAGUACAUCUGCCCCAAAUGUCAUGAGCGAAAACCUCCUGCCGGUAUCAACAACCUGAACUAUACCAACGGCUAUACGCCUGCCCAGUGGGUUCUUGGAAGAUCUUCUGCUGAUGCUCACAGCCUGACAGCCGACCUCUUCAAUCCUGGCGCUGUCUCCAUGACUGACCACACUGACUUCAGUCAUGUGCAGCAGAAACGACUUGCAGCUCAAACGGCAUUUCUGAAGGCCGACACUGACCUCAGAUUGCGCCGUGCCAUGAUGCAGAACUACAAGGAAGUCAAGAAUAAGGUAGUGGUAGGUCAACCAUGCUACUACUGGAGACUUCAAGGCACGGGCAUCCUCCAAAAGAACAAAUGGAGAGGUACAUGUCGCUGCGUUGCUGAGGAGUUGGAUGACAAUGGACAUCAACUUGUGCUUUGGAUUUGUCAUGGCACCUCACUUCUUCGAUGCGCUCCUCAUCAAGUACGACCACGAAUUGAAGACAUUGGGUCAGAAAUCCCAGUGGAUGUUCAAGCUGCUUUACAUGAUCUUCAAGAACUACGAGCUCGCAGUACAACUCAGUUCAGGGAUGUCAUUGAACCUGAAGCUGGAGUUGAAGAUCUACUUGAAGAAGAAGGUCUUGAUGGCCCUCAACAUGGCCCUCAACAAGCUGCAGCAGAUGGGCAACAAAGCGAACAAUACGAGCCAAGCAUCGCCCCUGACAAUGUUGCUGCUGAAAACAUGGAGACUGAUGGUCCUUCAUUGCUGUAUCAGCAUCGACGACGAGAUGCUGAAGAAGCUGGACUUGAACUUCCUGAACCAAGUUCACAACGACCAAGAUUAGACUCUGUGGCUGAGCCUGAGCCUGGCCCAACUGAAAGUCACAGUAACUCUCCAGCUGAUGCUGCUCAACCUCUUGAGAAACGAGCACGCAUUGCCAUCAACACUCCUGUCCCAGAGCCCAGUGACAACGAGCUCAUUGUGGACGAAGCCUAUGUCACUGAGAUUGACGACAAGUCCUUUCCGAAGGAUUGGGUUUUGAUUGAUGGUAACUUUGAGCUGGACGCGGUCUAUCUGACCAAUCUUGGAGUUCGGAAGAAUGAAGCCUCCGAACGAGCCAUGACUUUAGCUGAGAAAGAGCAAAUGAUUGAGGCCAAACAGAAGGAGCUCACCUCCUACUUUGCCAACAAGGUUUGGACUUUCACCGAGAUUGGCAAGAACGAAGCUGACCGAGUUGUCACUGCUCGUUGGGUUCUUACAUGGAAGAAACCUGAACCUCAAGAAGGUCAACCACCUUCACUACAACGACGAGCAAAAGCCCGUUUGGUCCUCAGAGGUUUUGAAGACCCUGAUCUCUUCAACCUGGAGAAAACAUCGCCUACGGCAUCAAAAUCCUCCAAGAUGCUGCUUCUUGCACGUGUACCAAUUUUUGGGUGGACUUUGUUUUGUGGCGACGUGCGCUGUGCUUUUCUCUCAGGAGCUGAGUUCAAACGCAACAUCAUUGUCAAGCUCCCACGUGAUUGCAGUGCUUUACUUGGUUGCCAAGGUGUCACCUACAUGAAAAUGAACAAGUCUGCCUAUGGCUUGAGCGAUGCACCGCUCUUAUGGUGGCGUGAAGCCGACCGGCGACUGAGAAGCACAGGUCUGAAACGACACAAGCUUGACAAGUGCUGUUACAUGCUCUACAACAAGAACAACGCACUUUGCGUGAUGUUGAUUUUACAUGUUGAUGAUUUGCUGCUAGGAGCCAACAUGCAAGACCCAGAAGCUGAAGCAUUAAUCCAACGUCUUCGCACCUGCUUUGACUUUGGCAAGUGGCAAAGCCUUGACGUUGACAAGCAACUUGUUUAUUGUGGUGGUCACAUCAACAAGACUGAGGAUGGCCUCUCAUUGGACUUUGAAGCCUACCUCAAGAAAGUGCUGCCAAUCACAAUUGCAAAAGGCCGUGGAAAAGACCAACCUUUAGCACCUCAAGAAACCUCAAAGGCACGUGGCCUGAUUGGUGCGCUCCAAUGGCCUGCCGGCCAAGCUUGCUUGCAACUCAACGCAUCAACUUCAAUCAUUGCAGCCAACAUCAACAAAGGCACUGUGGACUUGCUGCACGAGCUCAACAAGACCCUUCGUUUUGCCAAGAACUCUGCAGAUCUCAAACUGACAAUGCGCCCAGUCUGUGGAGAUUGGAGCGAAAUGUGUCUUUUAUGUUUUUCAGAUGCUGCUGUGCAAGUUCGAGCUGACUCUAGCUCUCAAGGUGGUUUUGUCAUCAUUUUGACCAACACCAAGGUUUUGGAAGGCAAAUCUGUGCCCUACUCCAUUGUAGCCUGGAGAUCCUACAAGCUGCCUAGAGUUUGCAGAUCGAGUUUGAGCGCCGAAGCUCAAUCGUGCGCUACAGCCUUGGAUGAACUCAUGAUGGUCAAGACUAUGCUUGCCUUGAUGCGAUACCAUGAUGCAGACCCUCGUCAAGACUCAACAGCUGCUGACAUCUGUUCUUCAGCAAUUGUCAUUGAUGCCAAAGGACUCUAUGAUGCAAUCAACAAGGACGGCAUCAACAGUUCACUUGACAAGCGUGCUGGAAUUGAAAUCAUGUGCAUCAAGGAGGAGCUGGUCAGACAGAAAACCCAACUUAAAUGGGUGAGUUCAGAGCGAAUGCUUGCUGACGGCAUGACCAAGAUCCAUGCCAGACAAGCCCUGGUUGACAUGCUGCGGAGUGGAUACCUGAGCCUUGUGAUGGAUGAGAAGUUCACCGCAGCCAAGAAGAAGGACAAAAUUCAGCGAGAAAAAGAUCAACCAGAAGCUUUCCAGAAGCCCAACAGCAACACCAACUUGCAACCUUCUGGAAUGUCAAAGGUGGCCGAGCGCAUUGCUACAGUCAUUGCCUUUGACCGAGUCACAAAGAUCCAUGCAGCCCCGGACACCAAUGAUGACUCUGAGUAUGCCAACAACGUCAUGCCUGACAUUGCCCUGGUCAUAACGGUCCUGGCGAUCCUUGCUGGCUUCUAUGUGAUCUUUUGCAAAUGGUGGUGCCGCUGCCGACGGGAUCAACCUGAUCGAGCUGACGCAACGACUCAAGUCGAAGCACCAGCUGCUGCCGACCCCGCUGCUGAAGACAAUCCAGCCGUUACUGCCCUCAACCAGCAGAUUGCCGAGCUGAGACAAGAUAUCCUGGAUCAGCUGGAAAUCAUGGAUGAUUUGAACCACAAGAUCUACGCACUUGGCGUGGAGCUGGAUGAGCAGAAGGCGUCCUAUGAGCGCCAAAUGGCAUGGUAUGAAGCUGAGACUGUGGUCUGGCGCGAUCAAUCCCGAAAUGCUGCCGAAGAGAGAAACCAAGCUCAGAUCGAGCGAAAUCACUAUCGUCAACGAGCCAGACUGAUGAUGAAUUGGCCCUGUUGGUUCACACGACAUGGUGACAAGUGGCACACACAUAGAGAGUGCCAAAGCCUGAUGCAAAGCGAUCCGCAAGUGAGAGAGAUGAUGUGCCGCUAUUGCGCCCAAAGGGUGAUAGAUGAAACUGGCGGACUGCCGGUGUGA